AUGUUUUCAGGCAUAAUGGUAACGGUGAAGUGUGAAGGUGUGAAAAACCUGGCUAUGGCAACAACAGAAGAUAAGGGUUUCUUCAAGGUUGACCUUCCCACAGACCAUACAAAACCUCGCUCAGUGAACUGUCUAGUAAAACUUGUUGGGGGACCAAAUCAUCUCUAUGCUACAAAGAAGAACCAGGUCUCUCAAAUUGUGAAGGGAAAAGAGAAAAAUGCUUACACAAUCUCCACUCCUCUGAGUUUCUUGACAUCGUGUCCCCAAAACACAGAAUGCAAAGCUACUAACCUGUUGGGUUCAUCCAAAACCUUUGAUCUUCCUCUUCCUCGGGAGUGGGGUCUGGCACCAUCUAGCUACUAUCUUCCUCUCUUCCCCAUCAUUGGAAUACCUUAG